GCUCGCGGAAAAUCAUUUCCGGGAAGUGGAGCCUCGCUGUGUUAGCCGCACCAUGGAGGCGAAUAGUGGAGAUGAAGAGCCGGUGUCCGGGGAAGUGGUGUCAGUGGCACAUGCUCUUUCUCUCCCUGCUGAGUCUUACGGCAACGAUCCUGAUAUUGAGAUGGCAUGGGCCAUGCGAGCAAUGCAGCAUGCUGAAGUCUAUUACAAACUGAUUUCAUCAGUUGACCCACAGUUCCUGAAACUCACCAAAGUGGAUGACCAAAUCUAUUCUGAAUUUCGGAAAAAUUUUGAGAAACUCAGGAUAGAUGUAUUGGACCCAGAAGAACUCAAGUCAGCAUCAGCUAAAGAGAAGUGGAGACCAUUCUGUUUGAAAUUUGAUGGGGUUAUAGAAGACUUUAACUAUGGUACUUUGCUGCGACUGGAUUGUUCUCAAGGCUACACUGAGGAAAACACCAUCUUUGCCCCCAGGAUACAAUUUUUGGCCAUUGAAAUUGCUCGUAACCGGGAAGGACAUAACAAAGCAGUUUAUACAGGUGUUCAGGACAAAGAAGAAGACAAAGGAGACAACAGAGGAGAACAAGAGAAAACCAACAAUGGGGAAGAAGAGAAAGAAGCCAACAAAGGAAUCAACAAAAGUGGUGAAACAUCUAUGUAAGGUAGAGAGGGAAUAGCAUCCUAGAAACUGUGACUCAACUGAGUCUACACGUACCGUGAUGCUACUGGUUAAAUGUAUGUCCUUGUUCAUUUGAAGGACAUGCAGAAGGACUUUUUUUUGUAGCCUAGUAAUCAGGAACUGCUCUGGUUGUUCUCUUGUAUCAACUGGCUUAAAGACUAUGAGUGGAGUCAUAGUUGAUUGUUUCUUGGUAUAUUUUAUCUUGGUUCUCUCCAUUGGUUAAGUAAGAAAUUUUGUAAAUAAAUUACUUUUGGUUCUU